GGGCGGGGUCUUGGGGUCGGGUGGCGCGAGGUCUCAGCCGAGAUUCAGGACAACCCCAAACCAGGCUCCCGGCUUCUCAGGCUCAGUUUCCCCAACUCGAGAAUCCGACCUGAGGGGCCGGCGACUUCGAAUCUGACAGACGUGAUUUUGAUCUUCAAACAAGCAAUAGGUUUCCGCGCUAAGAAAAGGAGGUCACGAUAGUACUUAUCGUGAAGUUCAGGUCAUAUUAUACUCAGGGUUCCCAGGAGCCAUGUUGUCACGAGUCCUGCUGGUCUCUGCUCCAGGGAAAGUCAUCCUUCAUGGAGAGUAUGCUGUGGUCCAUGGCAAGGUAGCACUGGCUGCGGCCGUGAAUAUGAGAACAUUCCUCCGUCUCCAACCCCAAGGCAAUGGGAAAUUGGACCUCAACCUACCAAACAUUGGUAUCAAGCGGACCUGGGAUGUGGCUAGGCUUCAGCUGCUGGACACAAGCUUUCUGGAGCAAGGUGACUUCACAGUGCUGACCGAAGAGCAAAUGGAAAAGCUAAAGGAGGUGGCAGGCUUCCCCGAGGACUGUGCUAACCACGAGCGCCUGGCUGUGCUGGCCUUCCUUUACCUGUACCUGUCCAUCUGCCGGAAGCAGAGGGCCCUGCCCAGCCUGGACAUCACAGUAUGGUCAGAGCUGCCCCCCGGGGCCGGCUUGGGCUCCAGUGCCGCUUACUCCGUGUGUUUGGCAGCUGCCCUCCUGACUGCUUGCGAGGAGAUCCCAAACCCGCUGAAAGAAGAGGAGGGUGCCAGCAGGUGGGCAGCGGAAGAUUUGGAAUUAAUUAACAAGUGGGCCUUCCAGGGGGAGAGGGUGAUUCAUGGCAACCCCUCUGGAGUGGACAACUCUGUCAGCACCUGGGGAGGAGCACUCCGAUACCAACAAGGAAAGAUUUCAUCCUUAAAGAGGCCCCAAUCUCUGAAGAUCCUGCUGACCCACACCAAAGUCUCUCGCAGCACCAAGGCUAUCAUAGCCAGCGUCAGCAACAGGCUACUCAAGUUCCCAGAGAUCGUGGCACCCCUCCUGACCUCCAUAAAUGCCAUUUCUUUGGAGUGCGAGCGAGUGCUGGGAGAGAUGGCAACGGCCCCAGCUCUGGAACACUACUUCAUGCUGGAAGAGCUGAUUGACAUGAACCAGCACCUUCUGAACGCCCUUGGUCUGGGCCACACCUCCCUGGACCAGCUCUGCCAAAUGACCAUGGCCCAUGGACUGCACAGCAAGCUCACUGGUGCUGGUUGUGGUGGCUGUGGCAUCACACUCCUCAGGCCAGAUCUGGAGGGUCCAAAGGUGGAGGCUGCAAAGCAGGCGCUGAUCAGUUAUGGGUUUGACUGCUGGGAAACCAGCCUUGGUGCCCCUGGCAUCUCCAUCCACUCGUCUUCCUCCCUGGAUGCCCCGGUCCGGCAAGCUCUGGAUGGCCUCUGAAAUGAGCCCAUGCUGCUGACGCCAACAGAGAAGCUCCAGCCUCCUUUGAUGUCCCUCCUUCUGGCUGUGCCCCUCCAGCCCCAGUGGUGGGACCUGCAACUUGCUGUGGGCUGGGCUGCCCAGAAGACAUGGUCUGUAUUCUGCCUUCUCCCGAGCCGGCCGGACAGUGGUGCCAUGUGGGUCCAUGGAGACUGCAGACCUGAGACAUGAUGUGCUGCUCUUUCCUGUCCUCUCUGUGGCUCUGCCAGACCCAUUCACUUUGGGCCUCUGCCUUUACCUCAGACUCCUGGCCAACCCGGCAGGAUGCUCAGAUGCAGGGGUCAGGUUCCUGGAGCAGCGUGCCUUCUCUCUACUCCAUCUCUGCAUUUCCACCUGUCUCUCAGGAAACCUCUCUGAUCACUCGCAGGGUGCCCCUUGUUCCUCCUUUCUUCCUUCACACCUGCAGUCUUUUUGAAACCUUCAGCAAUUUGCAUGGCCUGCUCUCGACUGUGGGCUUCCUCAUAGUCUAGUGUUGGGGCGGUGGUCUUUCCUUCUGUCCUGCGGCCCAAAGGUUGACUGAAAGCAGGGUCGAUGUGCAGUUUCUUCCAGUCUGUAUCUGAGGGGUUUGCAGAAAAUAUGGCAAAGGGGGAGUAAAGAGCUCUUGAGUAAA